AUGUCGUGGCUCCAUGUGUGGAAACCCAUUCUCGUCAACCGUUCCAACCGGCCCAUUCUCCAGGAUGGCGAGGACUUUCUCUGCACCAAAGACUAUGUGGGUCUCUACCAGGGUAAACUGAAGAUUCUAGCAAGACAAAAGGGAAUUGUCUAUUUGACCAACAAGAGAAUCAUAUACUUCGACAGCAAUGUCACUUCUAACUCUGUAGCCAUCGAGUUGGCGUAUAUAUCGCACUGCGAGGUGAUCGAGAAGUUCUUCCGCUCCUCGCCAAAGAUCAAAGCAUACUUGAAGACCUCCGGAAAAGGCAAAGAAACUGAAAGUUCUCUUGAGGAACAACCAAAAGAGCCCAAACAGAUUACUUGGAUCUGCAAAAUCUGCUCAUAUAGUAAUACAAUAUCGCUGGACUUCGACUUGGAUAACGAGUUGCCCAAAUGCGUUUCCUGUGGUAUACGACCUAACCGAGUUUACAUAACCAAGAUCAUAGAAGAAGGAACCCUAGACUCUGCCAUCGCGGCUGAUACUUCAGCCGAACGAACUGACUCAUUAGCCCUGCAAAGCAAUCGACGGGACGAUCAAUGUCCUCAAUGUACUUUUAUCAACCAUCCAUCAAUGAAAUACUGCGAGUUGUGCGGCACCGAGUUGAAGUCUGUAGUUCCCAAAGGCUUACAGUUGAAGAUUAGUGAAAGCUUGUCCAACCUCUCACAGGGCGAGACUAAUAGCGAGAAUCCUCUUGGACUUAAACUUGAUACGCCUGAAACGUAUACUGACAGUAGACCGUAUAUAAAGAUCAGUUUCCGCAAUGGGGGUGAAUCGGAAUUUGGAUCCAGGUUGACGAGUGCCUUGGAAAAUUUGAAGUGGGAAGCCUUGAAAAACAGAGGAGCUAUCAACCAAAACGCCACGAAGUUGCAGCAGCCCAAGUUACCCCCUCCAGCAAUCAGAAAAGCAGCUGGUAUUCAUGGAUUGGUACAAUUAGGCGAACAACAACGAAAGCAGAAUGAAAUCAUAUUGAGCACUUCGUUAGUAGACUUGGAGAAUCUUAUGUUCAAAUCUCAGGAUUUGAUCAAAUUGUCCAAUUCUUUCACCAAGUUUAUCAUAGACAAGAAACACCCUCGUUUCAGUCUUCCUGCAAGUACCAAACUAGUACCUCCAUUAGAUAUCAAGAAAGCAUCAAGCCUCUAUCACAACGAGUUGUCACGGCAUAUCAGCGAGUAUUCGGUCAACUACGAGCUCACCAGAGCUGCUUCUAUGAUAACGUCACAGGAGCUCUUUGCAAAUUACAAUAGAUACCUUGUAUUGACCCAAGGGUUUGGGGCGGAUUUGGUGACCCCUCAGGACUUUAAUAAAGCUAUAGAGAAGUUCGAAGACUUGAAGUUGCCCAUUAGGAUGAAGCACUACGAAAAAUCAGGACUAGUAGUGUUGGCUCCCAGAAGCAAGACUGGUACAUAUGAAGAGAAUAUUCUUGCUUGUUUACGCGAAAACGAGAACAACUUCAAGUACAACAAGUUGCGCAACCAGAAUCUAGGACUUAUGGACGAGUUCUUGAACGACGAGUACAGAUACUUCCAGGGUAAUAACAUCUCUGAGAUUUCAGACAAGUUUGGCUGGUCCUAUAAUAUCACCAUUGAAGAAAUAGAGAAGUGUAUUGAGAACGGAACCGUCGUAAUAGAUCAAAGUGUGUCGGGGACAUUUUACUUCAUCAACAAGUUU